CAGCAUCUUCAGGUGGACAGAAACACUUUGCUCAAACCGUCCAGACCAGACAAAAUGGUGAAGAUUGGAAUCAACGGAUUUGGACGCAUUGGCCGUCUGGUGACCCGUGCUGCUGUCAGUGGAGGCAAAGUGGAGGUCGUGGCCAUCAAUGACCCCUUCAUCAGUCUGGACUACAUGGCCUACAUGUUCAAGUACGACUCCACUCACGGCGCUUGGAAGCACGAAGACGUGAAGACACAAGGUGGCAAGCUGGUCAUCGGCAACAUGCGCAUCAUGGUCUUCCACGAGCGGGACCCGGCCAGCAUCAAGUGGAGCGACGCUGGUGUGGAUUAUGUUGUGGAGUCCACUGGUGUGUUCACCACCGUCGAGAAGGCUUCAGCUCACCUGAAGGGGGGCGCAAAGAGGGUGGUGAUCUCUGCUCCCAGUGCCGACGCUCCCAUGUUCGUCAUGGGCGUCAACCACGACAAGUACAACAAGUCCAUGAAGAUCGUCAGCAAUGCUUCCUGUACAACCAACUGCCUGGCUCCCCUCGCCAAGGUCAUCAACGACAACUUUGGUAUCAUCGAGGGCCUCAUGAGCACGGUCCACUCCGUCACGGCUACGCAGAAGACCGUUGACGGCCCCUCGGGUAAGAUGUGGAGAGAUGGACGAGGAGCCUCCCAGAACAUCAUCCCGGCCUCCACCGGCGCUGCCAAGGCUGUGGGUAAAGUCAUCCCUGAGCUGAACGGGAAGUUGACUGGGAUGGCUUUCCGGGUCCCAACCCCCAACGUUUCGGUCGUUGACCUGACUGUCCGCCUGGAGAAGCCUGCGAAGUACGACGACAUCAAGAAGGCUGUGAAGGCCGCCGCUGAGGGUCGACUGAAAGGAAUUCUGGGAUACACGGAGGAUCAGGUUGUGUCGACGGACUUUAACGGCGACCGUCACUCCUCCAUCUUUGAUGCCGGCGCUGGCAUUGCCCUGAACGACCACUUUGUCAAACUGGUUUCAUGGUAUGACAACGAGUUUGGCUACAGCCACCGUGUGUGUGACCUGGUGCUGCACAUGUUCUCCAGAGAGUAAAGCAGGGACUUGCAGACGUCCUUCAGUGUGUCACUGGAGGCCGUGACCUCUGACCUCGGCUCAAACCGAAGAUAGAUUUGUUGCACUUGACUUCCUUUUCACCUGGCACAAGAGUUUUUGUGUGAACAAUGUUUAAUAAAAGCACUUGGGAAGGA